UGUCGCUUCGGUUGCAAAUGGCAGACGUGCAACGUAUACUGUAGUGACCAUAUCCUCGUUGAAUUUCCACUCGAUCAAACAUUAAUUUCGUGAGAUAACGGGAGUCGAGGGAAUUGGGAGGGUCUUGAAAUUAUUCUACGUGUUAUUGGGGAACAAUUGUUCUUGGGGAAUUGAUUGAACGAAAUUUAUCUGGGGGUAAUAUUCCGGGGUAAUUGCUCGACAAUGGCGAAACUCAUCGAUAUUUGGCGUACGGACCAGCCGGUCAAUCUCAAGAAACGACAAAUGCCGCUGAUUGUUGAUCAUCAGUUGACGAUGAUCAUGGACUUGAGCAGUCUUGGUUACAUCUGCGAAAGUCCCCUGGUGCGUGGUAAGCACCUGGACGAAUUCACCCGUAAACUGAAUAUCCUCACGAAGGAUGAGAUCAAGGGAUCCUUCGAGGUGUCCCACAAGGACAUGCUGGACAUUCUAAGGCAGGCGGUGCCCUGCGUCGGAUGUCGGCGAAGUGUGGAGCGGCUUUUCUACGACGUCAUGACCUCCGGUCAUCAAGCGCUAGAUCCACUCAUCGUUACCAAGGACGGCAUGAUUACCCUGAGUGAUGAAGUGCUGGAGUCACCGCGGUUACUAUGUACUAUGCUUCAGGGGCACAGUUCUCGUCUGAACGCCCUCCUGGAGAAACAGCCCCGUAGCAAAAAAUCUCGUCGUUGCGUCUUGCACUCGCUAGAGGUCCAACGUACCCGUCCCCCCUCAGGGGCCUGGCGAGAAGUCUGGGACGUUAUGAAAUCCCCCUGUCGCCAGGAACUAACAGUCGUAGAGAAAGAAACCCUAGAGACAACCCUGGACACAUACCUCAAGAAGCACCGCUUCUGCUCGGAAUGUCGAACAAAGGUCCUCCUAGCGUCGUCCCUCCUCUCGAAGGACCCCGAGACCAUCCGAGACAAGGGUUACGUACCUGCCCUCUACGCAGGGAUAAAGCGCUGCGUCCCAGAGAGUCACGUUCACCUCCCCACGAAUUCUGACUACAUCAGCUCAUUGAUCGGACGCGCCCAGCCAGAAGUCAUGGGUCGCGAGAGACACGCCAAGACCUUGGAGAUCGCCCAGGAGGAGGUCCUCACGUGCCUAGGAAUCUGCGUGGCUGAGAAACUACACAGGGUGCACAGGAGACUCAGAGAGGAGGAGACUGUCUGCAAGGUAUUCGCAGCUGUUGCCAUCGAUGCUCUUUCUCGAAAUUUUCAGAUGGCGGUCGAGGUGAAACAGGGGAUCACCCAGCUGGAGAUACUAUACGAGGAGCUGACGAGGGAGGAGAUCGUCAAGGAGAAGAAGAAGGAGAAGCUGAGGCUGAAGAGGAGAAAGAAGAAGGAGAGGAAGGGAGAGGUCAUCGAGAAGGAGGAGGAUGAACUGGGGAAGAAGGAGAAUAUACCAGAGCCUGAUUGUAAUUGUACAGAAACCUGUAGCCAAAAGAAAAUUCAGCCACAAAUCCCAGAUAACCCACCCCGUACCUGCGUGCCACCGAAGAAGUCGCCGAAGAAACCAAAAGCCUCGAAAUCUAGGAAAAUACCAGAUUCAUGUGCCAAAAAUCCCAAGAAGCUUGAGGUUCACAUAGAGGACGAGAACUGCACGUGUCCAAAGGAUUUGGAGUGCACCGAGGAGCUUCUAAAAUGGAUAAAACUCUCCAAAUUGAGUGAUAACGGGAGCAGAGCGUCUUCGGAGCCCUCUCAAUCCUCCCAGGACUGUGGGUAUUCGUCUGAGCACAAUGCAAGUAGUGUCUCAAUGCCGAGUACUCCUGAGGGCUCAGAGGUCGCCUGCUCCGAGGGCUGUUGUGGUCACGAGGGUGAUUGUCAAGAUAAUUUAGGAAACGAUAAAUUGAAUCAUUCCAUUUCACCUCUAUUAUUAAUUAGGGAACAAAAAUUCACUCCAACAUUAACGCAAAUGCUUCAAGACUCAUUAUCGGAUGAUGAGGGUAAUGAGAGUCUCAUUCCACUCGAGGAAAUUCAAGAAUUCCAUUCACGUGUGUGUCAGGUGCAUGAAAAACGUCUGGAGUUGAGGAAAAAUCUACGCAAACGCUUCGCUAUAUUGUGUAGCCAUUAUAAAUCCAGCAAUGGCAUUCCAAAAUGAUUCAUUUUUUUUCUCAUGCUGAAAGAAAACUUUUUUACAUUUAAUUUCUACCACUUGGGGAUUCAUUAGAGAUGAUGUUGUAUAUUUUGGAUAAUUGUUGGAGACAUUUUUUUUCUUCUUUUUCAUUGAAGGAAUCAUUGAAAUUUAUUUUCUAAUUUCAUUGUAAUUGAGAAUGCGAGAGCUCGAAUAAAAUUUUCUUGAGAAAAUAA